AUGGUUAGAGUGAGGCUCACCCUCUGUGCCCACGAUGCCACUGGAGAAAAGCCUUUGGAAACAGCUAAAAGAGAACUGCUCCCAGCACUGACCUCCGUCUCUAGUAGACUGGGCAGAAAACGCUGGAGUAGCUGCUGGCCAGGGUUCAAUUUGUCAGCUGCUCCAGCUACCAGUGAGAACCUCCCACCCAUUCGCCUGCCCCCCAUCCCAUUUACUUCGCAGGCAACUUCUGCAAAGAGGUAUGAUUGAAGAGACUAUGUAUUCAUUGAAUUUUGUGUUGAGGACAGUAAAGAUGUUAAUGCAAAUUUUGAAAUAUCCAAACUUACUUUCAAUUGUCUUGGAGGAAGUGAUGAUUUUAAGCAUUUAAAUGAAAUUGAUCUCUUUCACUCUAUUGAUCCAAAUGAUUCCAAGCGUAAAAGAAUAAACAGAUCAAUUUUCUGUUGUUUGUGGAAAGGAGAAUCUGGCCAAUCGUGUUCUAGGUUAACAAAGGAGAGGGCAAAGCUUAAUUGACUUAGUGUGGACUUCAACGAUUGGAGAGACCAAGAGGGGGAUUCAGACGAAGACGGGUUCAAUUUUGACCGUUUCUCUGAGGUAAUGGAUCACAUGGGUGGUAAUGAGGAUGUAGAUUUACCAGAAUUAGAUGGAACAGAUGAUAAUUCACAAGACAGUGAUGCUGAAAAAUUGCCAGAUCCGGAGUAAAGAAUGUCAUCGCCCGGGUUUGGAGAAAGAAAAGUAACUUCUGCAAGAUUUCAUAAUUGCGACAAUUCCUGAGUUGACAG